AUGUCCGAACCAUCUGCGGCCAUAACUGGCUCCACGCCCAAGGAAACUGGGACAGAAAUAUCAUCUUUUGUGCCAUCCGCAUCAAGAGGCCUGAUAUCUGUCGCACCACACCCAAUUUUCCAGCCGAGAAUCGUGCUUGAUACCGCUCGUGAGGUUCUCGGGCAGCACCUCCUAAGCACGUCGGAUGUUCUUCCCCAAGUUUUGGGGGAAUAUACUGCGAGCUUCAAUCAGCCUGUCCCUGUGCCAGAGCUUGCGACCGAUAACCCAUACUCUGUGGUGCCACAGCCGAUGUCUGAUGGAACCCAGGUCCACGCAAACUCGCCGAUCCCAGAAAAGGGCGCCGACGCGGACCAGACGAAAUCAGAGCCUCUGCGCCGGCACAGCAGACUCCGGCGGUCGAAUCGCGCCGUAGCCACGAUAAGGAACGACCGAGACGACCACACAGCGAUCAGCAGACAAGAUCUGGACCUGCCAUGUCCGCUGAGUGCACUGCCCAACGGCAUGCAGCACAUCCCGGUUAGAGACAUGUACGCCUGGGUACACCGUCCCGUCGAGACGCGCCGCCAGGAGGCACUGCAACGGCAUGGCAGGAUCCCACGCCCGACGAACCCAUUCAUACUGUACCGGAUGGAAGCACCCCACAUUCGGAAGAAGUACAAGAUGCUCGCGGUGAUGGAGAAACGGAACCACGCCGGGGCGCACCCGGAAUAUCGUUUCUCGUUGUCAAAUAAGGAGAAUCGAUCGCGGACCGCAAAAUCCCGUUCCCCGGAAUUGGAAGUGUAUUCAAUGGCGUCCUCCAAACCCGACCAGAGUUCGCAGCCUAACGCUUGGUCUACCCCGUUGGAUGAGAACCGCGUCAGUGAGCACUCGACAGGACAUUUCCCUGCAGAAGAUGGAAUCGUCAUCAAGCGGAACACGUUCGAUGUAGAUGGCUUUGGACCGCCGCAAUGUGCCACCUCCGUGUGGUGGUAG